AUGAGCUCCGUUAACGCAAAUGGAGGAUAUACCAAACCACAAAAAUAUGUGCCAGGGCCAGGUGAUCCUGAACUUCCACCCCAACUAUCCGAAUUUAAAGAUAAAACAUCGGAUGAAAUCUUGAAAGAAAUGAACAGAAUGCCUUUUUUCAUGACCAAGUUGGAUGAAACAGACGGUGCAGGUGGUGAAAACGUGGAGUUAGAAGCUUUAAAGGCAUUAGCUUAUGAAGGCGAACCACACGAAAUCGCUGAAAAUUUCAAGAAGCAAGGUAACGAACUAUACAAAGCAAAAAGAUUCAAGGAUGCAAGGGAACUUUACUCAAAGGGCUUGGCUGUAGAAUGCGAAGAUAAAUCAAUAAAUGAGUCACUAUAUGCCAAUAGAGCGGCAUGUGAGUUAGAGCUGAAAAAUUACAGGAGGUGUAUCGAGGACUGCAGUAAAGCUCUAACUAUUAACCCCAAGAAUGUUAAGUGCUACUAUCGUACAAGCAAGGCUUUUUUCCAAUUAAACAAGUUGGAGGAGGCCAAAUCAGCCGCAACAUUUGCCAAUCAAAGGAUUGACCCAGAGAACAAAUCAAUUUUGAAUAUGUUAUCAGUGAUUGAUAGAAAAGAACAAGAAUUGAAAGCAAAAGAAGAAAAACAGCAAAGAGAAGCUCAGGAACGUGAAAACAAGAAAAUUAUGUUAGAGAGCGCAAUGACGCUGAGAAACAUAACUAACAUCAAAACUCACUCUCCAGUAGAGUUACUUAAUGAGGGUAAAAUAAGGCUAGAAGACCCAAUGGAUUUUGAAUCUCAAUUGAUCUAUCCCGCAUUAAUUAUGUACCCCACGCAAGAUGAAUUUGAUUUUGUAGGUGAAGUAAGUGAGUUAACUACUGUGCAAGAACUUGUUGACCUAGUUUUGGAAGGGCCGCAAGAACGCUUCAAAAAAGAAGGUAAGGAAAACUUCACACCAAAGAAAGUGUUGGUGUUCAUGGAAACAAAGGCAGGUGGUUUGAUUAAAGCUGGUAAGAAACUGACAUUUCACGAUAUCUUGAAGAAAGAGUCGCCAGAUGUACCAUUGUUCGAUAACGCUUUGAAAAUAUAUAUUGUGCCAAAGGUAGAAAGUGAAGGGUGGAUUUCCAAGUGGGAUAAGCAAAAAGCCUUAGAAAGAAGAUCUGUGUGA